AUGGACAUUCUAGGUGAGCAUCGGAUGUGCCGACGUGCGUGCAGCCGCCAUGCUAAACUUGCGCGUGCAUUCGUCAUCCAUAUUCUCGGCACUUUCGCAGAGCUCGUGCAUGACGAUCAUCGAACCGAGGCGCGUCCCUUCGAAUGCGGUUUCAAAGGAUGCUCCAAGGCUUUUUCUCGGUGCGUUCGAAUUGAAAGCGAUGACGAUACGCCACGCUCACGGCAGCUGCUUCUACUCGACGACAGCCGCUCUGACCUGGCGAGGUGAGCGUGUUUAGCACCGUGCGGGCCGAUCGUGCGUGUACCGUCUGACGUGUUACGUGCACUGUUUUGUCUACCAGGCACACACGUAUUCACCAAAAUUAUCGACCAUACCGCUGCUCUUGGAAAAAAUGCGGCAAGACGUUCAUCCAACGCAGCGCUCUGACGGUCCAUAUGCGCGUGCACACGGGAGAGCGUCCACACCAGUGCAAAGAUUGUGACAAGGCUUUGUGAGUCGAGUUGCGAGCUUCCAUCUCGAGAGGCAACGCUGAGUAUCGACCGUCGGCUGCCCCACCGCUAGUGCCGAUUCAAGCUCCCUGGCCCGUCACCGCCGCAUUCACACCGGUCGUCGACCGUACAAGUGUCUCGUCGAGGUGAGUGUCUGCUACACGAAGAAAGGCUCGACUGCUGACAUACAGUCGCGUUCCACAGGGAUGCGGCAAGACAUACUGCCGCAAGACGACGCUCACCAAGCACACUCGACGUAAUCAUCCCACCGAACCCCUUCAACAAAGGCAAUUUCUCCGGGAUCGCCACGUCGUAGGUACUCAGAGUGCCGUCAAGCCGACCAAUCCUGCAGUGGUACUCUCGCCCUCCAACUGGUCUGGUGCUUACGGCCAGAUACCCUACGGAGCCACUUCGCUCGAGCAGCACAUCAACACGCACAGGCAAUUCAAUCCAGCCACCGUCACGAAGAACUGGGCCAUGCAGAGCGCAGCAAGCGUCGGAAUGAACAGCGGCGUCAGUGACUCGCGCGGAGACCUGGCUCUGGGAAUAGCUUUGCAUCCGACAGCAGAUGACCGGCGAGACUCGUCGGUAUCGAGCGCCGAUGUGAUGGCGGCCAACCCGUCGGUGAUGCGCUCGAGAGAGCACAUGGCUAGCAAUGGCAUACAUCUUCUUUCCGACGGUCGAAUCUACGGUCUGACGACCGACGCCCACACCACGCCAAACGGGUACCGCGCAGCCACUCCAGGAGGUCAGCAGCAGGGUCUGUUUCACUCUUAUGACGACAAUGGCGCCCGCUAUCCACAUCAUGAUCAGCUCACCGCUUUCCUACAAGCGCCAUCCGGCUCGUUUGGAAGCCAAGUGCAGCCCUAUCAUCGAGCUGCCCAGCUUGGCAAUCCACAAUACAAUUACGUGCAAGAAGAUGCUGCUCAUGCGCAGCCAGUCGGACACGGUGCUCAAUUUGGCAACGUCUUUCAACAACACGGCCAGGAAGCGAGUCAAGUGGAAGCGGACUUGCACACGCCCAUCAACCGUCACCGCGGUAGUCUGCCCGACCCAGCCUACACGGGGGGCAGCAGCGAUAGUCAUCCAUCCCUUACGACCGACAUGUCUUCCAGACCCUCCACCGAGCCACCGACGCCGGUCUUCAACACUGGCCCCAGACUGUACGGAUAUGGCACGAAGGAAGAAGAGUCUGAUCGCCAUUCGAGCGAUGCUGGUCACUCUGCGCUCACCAACGACUCUACGCUGACUCAAGCCUUCAACGCUGCCUCGCUAGGCAUCUCCAGCAGCUUGUUGACUCCAAAUUACCUAGAGACCGACAAGACCAGCACUUUCCCACCCUACGCGCCAGACAUUCAGAAUAACCAGCGAGGUGAAACGCAAAACGAACCGCAACUUCUUCGUUUGCACUAA